AUGUUCAUAUCGAGGACGCAGGCCAUUCGAGCGUUAGCUCGUUUGCCAAUCUCUGCUCGAUAUGGACACCCUGCAGCCAUCCGAUCUCUGCGCUCGUACAGCACGGCUACCACGCAAAAGGUCUCGCCUCAGUCGCUUGCCCAGAUUAUCGAGGACACAAUUACCGCAACAGGUCCAGUAUCGGUUGCGCGAUACAUGCAACUAUGCCUGACCCACCCCACCUUGGGCUACUACUCGCAGGGAGAUGUGUUUGGAGAAAAGGGUGACUUUGUCACGUCGCCAGAAAUCAGCCAGAUCUUUGGCGAACUCGUUGCAGUCUGGCUAAUGACAAGGUGGCUUGCCGCAGGAAGCCCGGCAAGUUGCAGGAUUGUCGAGCUGGGACCUGGGCGAGGGACUCUCAUGGACGACAUCCUCCGCACCUUUCUGCGUUUCGGCAAGCCUUCAAUCAAAACUAUCCACCUCGUCGAGAACAGUGCAAACCUCCAAGACGUGCAGCGGCAGAAGCUCUCAGCUCGGGCAAAGGACCUCGGGGCUGAGCUGGUCUGGAAUGAACAGGUCGAGGUGAUUCCGCAGUCUGAUGACUUCACCUUCGUUGUGGCGCAUGAGUUCUUCGACGCUAUGCCUAUCCACAUUCUUCAGCGUACUGAGGAAGGGUUCCGAGAAGUCAAGGUUGGCAAGAAUGCGUCAUAUGUUCCUUCGACGUCGUCUCCUCGCUUUUCUUUGGGGAUCGAUCGAGAGCAAAGUUUCAUGUCUUCCCUUCUGCCUGCCUCAUCCACACGGUUCUCGAAUCUGCCCGUCGGGAGCCAGAUUGAAGUUUCGCCCGAAUCGUCGCGAAUUGUCCACAGUGUGGGCAACCUGAUGAACAAUGGCGGUGCUGGCCUUGUCGUGGACUAUGGGGGUGACAAGGCUUUCUCAUCCAGUUUCCGAGCGUUCCGAAAGCACAAGAUUGUGGAUGUCUUUGAUGAGCCGGGCUCUUCAGACUUGACUGCCAACGUUGACUUUGCGUACCUUCGAGAGUCACUUGAAGGUGUCGCCACUUGCUACGGCCCUAUCUCUCAAGCGAGCUUCUUGUUAGCCUUGGGCCUCGAGCCAAGGUUGACCUCACUACUCUCUUCGGCAGCUGACGACCCGGAUAAGCAAAGGCGCAUCCGACGAGGAGCCCAACGCCUCAUCGACGAAAUGGGCAUGGGCAGUCAGUAUCAGGUGAUGGCGUUCGCCAACGGACCUGCCGCGGAGGGAGAUGUGUACCCAUUCGGGACGAUGGGUGACGCGCCAACAAAGGCCACACCGUAG